AUGGCGGCCGAGAAGAAGCUUUUGGUGACGUCAUAUAGCCGUAUGAUUGACUCUAUUGAGUCACGUUCGGAAAAAAUGCUGAUCUUUGUGCGUUCUUUUGAUCCCGAGAAGCAAGACAAGUCGAUUCUCGAAGACAAGCUAGAGUCGGUUGAAGCCAUGCGUUCUUUGUUUCAUGAGACUGAGGUUAAGUUGUAUGGCGUUAUCAAGGAAGAUGAGGUUCAGUCGUGUCAAAUGACCAGUGAGAAGUUAGAAGACCUGUUCGAUGAGAUACGUCACAUUAUUCGAACCAAACUUCGUGCGAUUGAUCCUCCCAAGCCAACGAGUGCACAGGUUGUAGUUGCGACUGCCCAACAAACCCAAGCAAAGUUACCAGACAUCCCUCUUCCUCGUUUCAACGGACAGUUGGAGGAUUGGAUUUCCUUCAAAGGUCAGUUCAAUGCUCUGAUAAAGCGUCGGGAAGGUCUUUCAGAAAGUGAGAAAUUGUUUUAUUUGAAGGCAGCCAUUCAAGAUGGUGCCGCCCGCCAUAUUCAAUCGUCCGAAGACACUUUCGCGUCCCUUUGGAAAGCCCUUAGCAGUGAAUUUGAGAAUAAAAAACUGCUGGUCGACAAGCACAUUGCUCAGUUGUUCCACUUAAAACCAAUAAUUCGUGAGUCAGGGUCUGCGCUACGAUGUUUGAUAAACGAUGUUACUCGCAACAUUCGUGCCUUAUCCAAUCUUGAGUUAAAACUUGAACCUUUGUCGGAACAAUUUCUUAUUCACCUUAUCUGUACGCGUUUGGAUUCCCGUACCAGAAAGGACUUCGAACUACAGUUAAUUGAUAAUUCGCUACCGUCUUGGGAUAAACUGCUCGAUUUCCUCCAGUCGCGCUGUAGGUGUUUGGAGAAUAUUGAACAAGACGGCAAGGACUCCUCUGUACAUGGUUUAGGUUCUCGUACCAAGCCUAACUUUAGCGAUCGCUCGUCGAAUGUCUCCAAAUCGUUCCCAGUCAGCACAGCUCCAACCAAGUCCAGUCCAACAUGUUUCCUUUGUAAAGGGACUCACUACCUGAGUCGAUGCGAGCAAUUUCUUCGACUACCGCAAUCAGAACGUUUUUCGAAAGUUAAAGGUUUGGGUCUCUGUUUGAACUGCUUCAGUAAUAAGCACCAUGUACCGGAGUGUAAGUCCAGUUCCUGUCGAAAAUGUGCCCGUCGUCACCACACUACACUGCAUGAAUUGGACCCAGUACCGUCAACCUCAUCGAACAUAUCCAAUCGAUCGAACCCUGCACCUUCCACUUCAUCGACAAAUUCGAUCGUUGCUACUGUAUCAUCAACGACCAAUCGAAAAGGUCAAUAUGUUCUUUACACAGCAGUGGGUUUAGUCGAAGACGAAAAUGGAAAUUCGAUUAAUUGUAGAAUUCUUCUCGACUGUGGGUCUAUGCACAAUUUGAUCACUACGCACUUAGUCAACGCGUUGCGUUUGCGCAUGAUGAAAGUUAAUUUUGCCAUAGAAGGCGUUUCUGGAGCACCGCAUUUAAUCAAGAGCAAAGUAGGAGCAACGAUCCGCUCUAAUGUGAACGCUGACGUUUCAAUGAAGCUUGAGUUCCUGGUAAUAAAGAAGGUUACUACUGACUUACCCCUAAGAUCAUUUCCGAUAGACUCCGAGCGAAUCCCAGCGGAUGUAGUACUGGCAGAUCCUAUGUUCAAUCGAUCGCGACGAAUCGAUAUGCUGUUGGGAAUCCAAGUGUUCAACGAAUUAUUUACUGGCCAAUCUUUUUCGUUGACGAAUUAUCGUACGUUCUGGUGCAAAGAAACGAUUUUUGGAUGGGUUGUUGGCAGAGUAGUGAACGAGCAAGAAGAAAGGUCAACUUCUACGAAUUUUUGUGCAGUCAUGACGAACGAGGCAUUAAGUGAACAGAUUAAUCGAUUUUGGGAGAUGGAAGCGCUUCCCGAAGCACGUAAACUGACUCAAGAAGAAAGAGCAGCAGAGCGAAGUUUUUCGGAUACAUGCCGGAGACUUCCAGAUGGACGAUAUGAAGUAGGUCUCCCAAUAAAAGAAGCUAUUCAAAAGCUCGGAGAUAGCCAGACUAUGGCGUUGCGAAGAUUUGUGCAGAUGGAGAAGCGAUUGUUGCAUGAUUCCAACCUACGAGAUCAGUAUCGAACAUUCAUGAACGAUUAUCAAGAGCAGAGUCAUAUGAUCAAACCGAAACAGCAUUGUCCUACAGGAUAUUUCAUGCCCCAUCACGCGGUGUUCAACCCCGCGAGCACCACCACGAAGACGCGAGUCGUAUUCGACGCAUCCGCUGCUACUACAAGCGGAUCCUCCCUAAAUGAUCACUUAUUUGUUGGUCCUGUUCUACAGCGAAAACUGACUGAUACCGUGCUAAGAUUUCGUGUCCCAAAGGUAGUGUUUACAGCAGACAUAACUCAGAUGUUCCGACAGAUCCAAAUUAGACCCGAAGAUUGGAAGUAUCAGCAAAUUUUCUGGCGGAUAGAGCGAGGACACCCAUUGGAGAUCUUUCAGUUGACCACGGUUACGUACGGAACGGCUUGUGCACCGUUUUUGGCCACGAGGACGCUGGAGCAAUUGUGCAAGGAUGAGAGCAAACGGUUUCCUUUGGCAUCGAAGGCAGGGACUGAAGAUUUUUAUGUGGACGACCUGUUGAGUGGAGCUGAUACUGUUGACGAGCACGAGGCUUUAGCAUUGCAAAACGAAUUCAUUCAGAUGAUGGCUUCUGGAGGGUUCAAGUUGCAUAAAUGGGCUUCUAACCAUCCCGAAUUAUUACAGUCGGUACCGAACGCCGAUUCAGAGCAGAUUGCAUUUUUUGAGGACGAGAAAACUACACGCACGUUGGGGUUAACUUGGCAACCCCGUAGGGAUGUGUUCCUGACCAAAUUGCACGAGAUCAGUUUCCACUCAGGACCUAUAACAAAGCGAUCUGUGUAUUCGGAUAUAGCAAAGUUGUAUGACCCGUUGGGCCUCCUUGGUCCAGUAAUUUUUGCGGCGAAGGUGCGACUACAGAAAUUGUGGAAACUGGAAGUUGACUGGGAUGAAGUUUUAGCCGAAACUUAUGCUGAAUCGUGGGUAACUUUCCGAAAUCAACUUGUUCAGAUGGGAGAAAUAGCGAUACAACGCGGCGUAUUGCCAUCUCAGCCACCACGUCAGGUGGAACUACAUGGCUUCUGCGAUGCCUCCGAUUUGGGCUACGGUGCAUGUGCCUACAUCCGCUCUAUCGACGACAACGGUCACUACAAAGUUGCCUUACUCACCUCAAAGUCUCGAAUCGCACCCUUCAAGAACGCUAAACUGACUAUUCCGCGCCUUGAACUUUGCGGAGCGCUUGUACUUGCACGAUUGAUUUCUAACAUAACGCACAAUUUAAAUAUUACCUUUUCCAGAAUCAUUCUCUGGUCAGAUUCCACCACAGUACUAGCCUGGAUAAGAACUGAUCCCACCAAACUGAUGACGUUCGUAAGCAACCGAGUUAUUGAAAUCCAGGAACUAACGAAGAACAUAGAAUGGAGACAUAUUGGGACUCAUGAUAAUCCCGCUGACGUAAUAUCGCGAGGGCUUAUGCCUUGCGAAAUCCGAGCAUGCACACUCUGGUGGAUGGGAGCAAGUUUACUGUCCCAAAACGAUAAUACUUGGCCAACGAGCAUCCAACACAUACCGCCAGAGCAACUCCCGGAAACGAAAAACCCCUCGAUCAGUCUCACAGUUACAGAACCAACGACGUUCGCCCUGUUCACCAUCGAAAGUAACUAUCGCCGAAUGCAACGAGUUAUGGCGCUAAUGUUACGGUUUAUUGAUCAUCUUCGUCAAGACGACCGCAAAGAACAUCGCUACGGACAUCUGAAUAUACGAGAACUUGAUUAUGCAACAAUGGCGCUGACGAGAAUCGUCCAGAAGGAAGCAUUCCCGCAGGAUUUCGAUUGCCUGGAAGCUGGAAAGGUAAUCCAUAAAAAUAGUCAACUUAUCACAUAUUCUGUGUUCCCAGACAAAUCACGGUUCAAGGUGCUACGAGUUGGCGGUCGGAGCCGUCAUGCGACGUGGAUGCCAUUGAGUCAACGACAUCCCAUGGUGCUACCAUCUCGACAUCCGUUCACACAUGCUGUUGUUCGAGCUUACCACAGUGAAUCCCUUCACGCUCCUCAACAGUUGCUGCUUAGCAUACUGCAACGUCGGUUUUGGUUGGUACACGGCCGCAGCACAGUACGAUGGGUACUCAGACGGUGUGUUACUUGCUUCAAGGCGAAGCCGGUAAUAAUGCAGCAAAUGAUGGGUGAUUUGCCAAAGUCCCGUUUGGAAGGCGGCUUUGCAUUCCUGAAUGCUGGGGUAGACUUCUGCGGGCCGAUCUACAUUCGUCAGCAUAAUAAGCGAUCAACGAUCACGUACAAGGUGUAUGUGGCGGUGUUUCUAUGUUUCGCAACCAGAGCAAUCCACCUGGAGCUGGUUGGGGAUAUGACGGCAGAUGCCUUCAUCGCGGCCUUGCAACGAUUCAUCUCACGCAGAGGUAAAUGUGCGAAAUUAUUUUCCGAUAAUGGCCUUAAUUUUGUUGGUAGCAAAAACAAGUUGAGGGAGAUGUACGACAUGUUCCAGUCCCAGCUCUUUAAGCACAAGUUGGACGAUUUCUGUUCAAAAACGGCCAUCGAAUGGCAUCUGAUCCCGCCCAGUGCUCCACAUUUUGGCGGCCUUUGGGAGGCCGGGGUUCGAUCCGCCAAAUAUCACCUCAAGCGAAUUACUGGCACUGCCAACAUGAACUUCGAGGAAUAUAGUACAGUACUUACUCGAAUUGAAGCUGUGCUCAACUCGAGGCCAAUCACGCCGAUGUCAGUGGAUCCAACCGACAUACAACCUCUUACUCCAGGACAUUUCUUGGUCGGUCGCCCGUUGACCGAUAUCGCCGAACCUGACGUCACCGACCGCAAGGAAACGACACUUUCUCGUUGGCAGCGACAGACGCAGAUGGUACAGCAUUUUUGGGCUCGCUGGUCCCACGACUAUAUCACAACACUACAGAAUCGAAAUAAAUGGCACAAACGUUUCGCUGUUAAACCGGGGCUUAUGGUGAUCGUACGCGAAGACAAUCUUCCGACAAUGCAGUGGAGACUAGGGAGAAUCAACAACGUCAUUCCGGGCCUAGACGGCUUGGUGCGAGUGGCCGAUGUUCGUGUGGGUGGAAAAAUGAUCAGACGACCUAUCGCUAAAUUGUGCCUGCUCCCAAUUGAGGAUAACGACCUUGCUCAGGUUCCAGUAGAUAACGAAGAGAGUAGCAAUUGAAAUCUAUUGAUUUCAAUGGGGGCAGCAUGUUGGGAAUUGAUACAUCCUAAUAUAAACCUAGGCUUAGACUUUCUGUUCAUCGUGUGUAGAGUUCAAUUAAAAUUUAUCGAUGUAUAUCUGUGCUUAUCAUUGUGUCGAUCAAGAGAGAAAUAUGAUUUAUCUCAACUCUCAUAGGCUUAGCUAGAAAGAAGAUUAAAAUAAACGGUCUCUUGGCUCCAGACCACCGCACGAUCAGGUCGUAUAUUUUU